CCCCCUCCUAGCUGCGCGGAUUGGACACUGUCUGCCCCGCCCCGAUAUUUAAUGCCCCUGGUAGUGUAGUUUAGAAGUCAUUUCUCACAGAGACACGUUGCACAGGCUCCGGUGAGAUCUUCCCCUGACUUUUCUCAACCGUUCGACAGACCUUCACCCAAGACAAAAAUCAUGAGGGAGUGCAUCUCAGUCCAUGUGGGGCAGGCAGGAGUCCAGAUGGGCAAUGCAUGCUGGGAGCUGUACUGCCUGGAACAUGGGAUCCAACCAGACGGUCAGAUGCCCAGUGACAAAACCAUUGGUGGAGGGGACGAUUCCUUCAACACCUUCUUCAGUGAGACAGGAGCUGGAAAGCAUGUCCCCCGCGCUGUGUUUGUGGACCUGGAGCCCACAGUGAUUGAUGAGGUGCGCACAGGAACGUACCGGCAGCUAUUUCAUCCAGAGCAACUCAUCACAGGCAAAGAAGAUGCCGCCAAUAACUAUGCCCGAGGGCAUUACACCAUUGGCAAGGAAAUCAUUGACCCAGUUCUGGACAGAAUUCGUAAAUUGGCUGAUCAGUGCACAGGACUGCAGGGAUUUUUAGUCUUCCACAGCUUUGGGGGUGGCACUGGCUCUGGAUUCACCUCCCUGCUGAUGGAACGUCUCUCUGUUGACUAUGGCAAGAAGUCCAAGCUGGAAUUCUCCAUCUAUCCUGCUCCUCAGGUUUCAACAGCUGUGGUGGAACCCUACAACUCCAUACUUACCACUCACACAACCCUGGAACAUUCUGACUGUGCCUUCAUGGUGGAUAAUGAAGCCAUUUAUGACAUCUGCAGAAGGAACCUGGACAUUGAAUAUCCAACCUACACCAAUCUUAAUCGUCUUAUAAGCCAGAUUGUGUCCUCUAUCACUGCCUCUCUCAGAUUUGAUGGGGCACUUAAUGUGGACCUAACUGAGUUCCAAACAAACUUGGUACCCUACCCCCGUAUCCAUUUCCCUCUGGCCACAUAUGCCCCUGUUAUCUCUGCAGAGAAAGCUUAUCAUGAGCAGCUCUCUGUAUCUGAGAUCACAAAUGCAUGCUUUGAGCCAGCCAAUCAGAUGGUGAAAUGUGACCCCCGUCACGGUAAAUACAUGGCCUGUUGCCUGCUGUACCGUGGUGAUGUUGUGCCAAAAGAUGUCAAUGCUGCUAUUGGUGCCAUCAAGACAAAACGCACCAUCCAAUUUGUUGACUGGUGCCCAACUGGUUUCAAGGUUGGUAUCAACUAUCAGCCCCCAACAGCAGUUCCUGGUGGGGAUCUGGCCAAAGUGCAGCGUGCUGUGUGCAUGUUGAGCAACACCACCGCCAUUGCCGAGGCCUGGGCUCGCCUGGAUCACAAGUUUGACCUUAUGUAUGCCAAGCGUGCCUUUGUGCACUGGUAUGUAGGGGAGGGCAUGGAGGAAGGGGAGUUCUCUGAGGCCCGUGAAGAUAUGGCUGCCCUGGAGAAGGAUUAUGAAGAGGUUGGAAUUGAUUCCUAUGAAGAGGAAGAUGAAGGAGAGGAGUAUUAAUUUCCCAUUUCCAUCAUCUUAAUUUUCCAGAGCUUGGAAGGUGCAAGGUGGUAUGUUUUUCACAUUGUCCCUCCCAACAGCAAUAACCCAAAGCUAGAAAUAUCCUGCCAGUGUCCUCUUGAAUUCUAUUUUUAAUGUGAAUAUCUUAUUUUUAGCAGCUGAGGUUAUUUUAGUGAAAAAAAGUUGCAAAAUGUAAACAAAAAAAAACCAAAAAAAGGUAAACCCAAAACAGUGUGUAUGUGUUUUUCUUUAUUCCACUCUAACUUUUGCCUAUAAUAUCUGUGGCAGUCAAUUCUAGUGGGGAAGUGUUUUCACUACAGAUAGUUAUACCCCCCAUUCACCAGGGGUAAUGGCAUACAGGGCUGUUUUACGCUAUAUGAGCACAUUUUUAUAUAGUACUAAAAUGCAGCACCAAAGGUCCCAAACAACCACCUUACAAGUGUAGGUUUUAGUUUAAGUAAAAAGGUGACACUCUCAGGGUUAAUUAGAAACCUGGUGCUCAAAGGGCCCAAACAUUCCACAGUGCUAUUACCUUUAAGCAGGCCAUGCUUGUAUAGAUCUGAAGAGGUGGAUAUUUGGCCUUCAGCCUCCUAGUUCUUAAGCAAAUUUGAUAUAAUUUAACUCUAUGGGCAAUGAUGCAACCACCAUGAGAAGGACAUGUGUACCACAUGUGAAUUAAUAUGGUCCAGAGAUUAUGUGAUUUCCCACCAAGUCUGGCUGGAGAUCUAUCUUGUGGGUAACAUCUGAAGGACAGUGUUGGAUAUGGGCCUACAGAGGUCCACCAAUCGAAGUAUCAUACUAAAGGAUGAUAGGAGAAGGCCUGAAUACAAAAAUAAGGCAUAUGACAUACAUAUGACCUUCCCGGUUCUCAGGGAGAAUGAGCCAAAUAUUGCCUAUAAGAGCUAUUGCUUCAGAAUGCUGUUUUUCCUGCUCCCAAAUUGUAAUUACUUACCGAUAGAGCACUGUGUGCUGUAUUUGUGCUUGCUUUAUUAAAAAAAACUGUUCAAUAAGUUUAAAUAAGA